AGGGAAAGAUGCAGAGAUUAAAGUGUCAGGGAAAAGAAGACACGCCAGCUUCCUUCUGGAUCUCUUUGUCCCCACAUCCCCACCCCAAGCAGUGCUGUAUCUUAGUUCUUCCUGACUCUCAAGGAAAGGGACCAGGGCAGCUGGCUGGCCUUCUGAACAAUGACUUGGGGUCUUUCCGUCCUGUGUCUUGCAGUUGAUACCACGUACAACCGGUUCUGCUGCUUCUCCUACACCUCCUGUCGGGUUCUGCAAAAAGUCAUAGUUGACUAUUUUCCAACCAACCACAAUUGCUUCAAUCCAGGUGUCAUCUUCCUAACCAAGAAAGGCCGGCACAUCUGUGCCAACCCCAGUAAGGAGUGGGUCAAGAAAUACACCAAACACCUGAAUGCUUCAGGGGCUGCAGAAGCUGUGAGGACCCAGUGACCUUGGUGGGGCCAGGAGGGAGCAGGAGCCUGAGCCAGGGCAAUGAUCCCACCACCCUGGAGGCCAUCUCUUCUGAGAGUUCCAUCUGCUAUGCCCAGCCACAUUAACUAACUUUUAAUUUUAAUUUAUGCAUCAUAUUUCAUUCUGAAAUUCAUUUCUGUUGUUGAACUGCAUUACGAAAUUAGUAUUUUCUCUGACAUCUCAUGACAUUGUCUUCAUCCUUUCCCUCCAACUCUUCACACAUUCACUGUGUGGAUCAAUCAGUGUGAUUAGCUUUCUCAGCAGACAUGGUACCAUAUGUGUCAAAUGACAAAUGCUAUUGCAUGGUUUUGCUCAGCACCACCUUUUAAUAUAUUGGCAGCACUCAUAUAAAAGGUAAACCAGAAUUCUCCUUGUGA